CUUGCCCCUCCUCCUCUAAGUCACCGCCGUCCAGUUUCCCCGCCCCACCCUCGCCACCUCCCGACCCCAAGACUGGCCAGUGGCUCCCUAACCCCGGACUCGCAGUCCGAUGACCCUGGGAGACAGGGGCCUCGAGGGGCCGCAAACUAUUGCGCCGCGGGCUGAGCCCGAGAGGCUGGGCUGGGGGGGAGGGAGGCCCGGAGGGAGGGAGCGAAGGAAGGAGGAGGGCUGGCGAGCUGGAGCCGGCAGGCGGCGGGAGCCCGGGCGAGCCUCGUCGGGAGUGCGUCUCCCCGGCAGAGCAGGACGUAGCCAGAGUGCCUUCCCCAGGUCUCCCUGAACGGUGUCACUAAGACCAGAACCCUCCACCCCUCUUCUAUCAGAGGGAAACUGAGGCUGUGGGCCAGGGGAGGAGACCCAAGGUCUCCUAGUGAGCUUGUCCAGGUGACUGAGCUCCACCCCUGCGCACCAAGACACCCCCCACCCCCCACUGGUCAAGCCUCACUGGAGAAAGAGACCUGGAAGUCCCAGCAUGAGAAUCAGAGCUCCCCAGCCAGCUUCAUAGAUGGGCAAGCUGCCUGCUUGCCUCCCUCGUCAAUUACAGGGCUAAUUAAGAAAAAGCCCCACCCAAUAUGGAGGCUGAGGGCUACCACCUCUAUUGAUUCUCUGCCUUCUCCCCUGCCCUGCCCACCUGGCCUUAGCUGGGUCAUUCAUGCCAUGCUGAGAAGUAAGGAAGACUUGGGGUCAGCUUACCUGGCUCCAGGGCAGGGACUCUGGGCAUCAUGGGGGUGUGUGUGAGUGGGGCUCCAGGGUGAGACUUAGCCCCCGCCCCCAGGAAUUCAAGGGGGUGGGGGAUAGGGCCAGGGAUAGGAUGGCUCGGGGUGGGUUGGGGGCAGAAGAGGCCUCCCUACAUUCAAAUGCAUUGUCCUGGCUGGCCUGUGGGCUCCUGGCCCUGCUGGCCAACGCCUGGAUCAUCCUUAGCAUCUCAGCCAAGCAACAGAAGCACAAGCCACUGGAGUUACUGCUCUGCUUCCUGGCGGGUACACAUAUACUCAUGGCGGCUGUGCCCCUUACCACCUUUGCCGUGGUGCAGCUCCGGCGCCAGGCUUCCUCUGACUAUGACUGGAACGAGAGCAUCUGCAAGGUCUUUGUGUCCACCUACUACACACUGGCCCUGGCCACCUGCUUCACGGUUGCCUCGCUCUCCUACCAUCGCAUGUGGAUGGUGCGCUGGCCCGUCAACUACCGCCUCAGCAACGCCAAGAAGCAGGCACUGCAUGCCGUCAUGGGCAUCUGGAUGGUCAGCUUUAUCCUUUCCACGCUGCCCUCCAUCGGCUGGCACAACAACGGAGAACGCUACUAUGCCCGAGGCUGCCAGUUCAUAGUCUCCAAGAUCGGCCUCGGUUUUGGUGUUUGCUUUAGCCUCUUGCUUCUUGGGGGCAUUGUCAUGGGGUUGGUCUGUGUGGCUAUCACAUUCUAUCAGACACUGUGGGCCCGGCCCCGGAGGGCUAGGCAGGCCCGGAGAGCGGGGGCCAGUGUGGGAGCCAAAGCAGGUGGGCUGGGGGGCUUGGGCACCCGGCCAGCUUUUGAGGUGCCAGCCAUUGUGGUGGAGGACACUCGAGGGAAGCGGCGGUCCUCGCUGGAUGGCUCUGAAUCUGCCAAGACAUCCUUGCAAGUCACCAACUUGGUCAGCGCCAUCGUGUUUCUCUAUGACUCACUCACGGGGGUGCCCAUCUUGGUGGUGAGCUUCUUCUCCUUGAAGUCGGACUCCGCUCCGCCAUGGAUGGUGCUGGCUGUGCUGUGGUGCUCCAUGGCACAGACGCUGCUCCUUCCAUCCUUCAUCUGGUCAUGUGAACGCUACCGUGCAGAUGUGCGCACAGUGUGGGAGCAGUGUGUCGCUAUCAUGUCCGAGGAUGAUGGUGAUGACGAUGGCGCCUGUGAUGACUACACAGAUGGCCGAGUGUGCAAAAUUCGCUUUGAUGCUAACGGGGCCACAGGGUCAGGGAGUCGGGACCCCUCCCAGGUGAAACUGCUGCCUGGACGGCACAUGCUCUUUCCACCUCUUGAGAGAGUGCACUAUUUACAGGUCCCUUUGUCCCGACGAUUAUCCCAUGAUGACACCAACAUCUUUUCUACUCCUCGGGCACCAGGCUCCUUCCUGCACAAGUGGUCAUCAUCUGAUGAUAUCCGGAUCCUUCCAGCUCAGAGCAGAGCCCUUGGAGGCCCUCCAGAAUACCUGGGACAGAGACACAGGCUGGAGGAUGAGGAGGAUGAGGAAGAGGCUGAAGGCGGGGGCUUAGCCAGCCUUCGUCAGUUUUUAGAAAGUGGGGUUCUGGGGUCAGGUGGGGGACCCCCACGAGGUCCUGGUUUCUUCCGGGAGGAGAUCACCACCUUCAUCGAUGAGACACCUCUGCCUUCUCCAACUGCGUCACCAGGACCCUCUCCUCGUAGGCCUAGGCCACUGGGUUUUUCACCUCGACGACUCUCCCUUGGGUCUCCUGAUAGCCGAGCUGUUGGACUUCCUUUGGGGUUAAGUGCAGGAAGACGCUGUUCCCUGACAGGGAGCGAGGGGAGUUCAAGGGCUUGGGGAAGACCCUGGGGGCCAGGCAACCCCAUCUUCCCCCAGUUGACCCUGUGAGGCCACAUGGGUCUGCUUAACUCAGAGGAGGGGGCAUGGGUGAGUGAGUGAGCCUCCUCGUUCUGGCCCUGAAUCUAAGGCAGCUGCCUCCAGGGAGAAGGGCAGCUAUAUCCAGGCUCUAGAGCCCCAGCUCUCUCCCAUCCAAAUGACCAGAUACCCAGCUCAUCCGUCUUCACCCCUAGCAAAAUGUAUUAAAAGGCUGACGUGUUGCCGUGGAAACCUUGGUGUUCAGCGUUUGCGGUGGCAUAUGGUUAGUGGCUUGGGAGAGAGAGUGGCUCAUGGAGGACAAACCCGAGAAAGGGCAGGGGGAAGAGGGACAGAAAGAGACCUCCCAACAUGCAGACAUAGGAGAACCGAGCUUAGGAACGUACGAUCUUGGGGUGGAGUAUGGGACACCUGACUGUGUUAGUUUGAAGUGGGAAGGAUCUUUGUUUAAAUUAGUAAAAGUGCUCAAUCCUCA